AUGGAAGCGCAUAAAACUGUCGUCGCGGGUGUUGCAGACAGAGUCAAGCACUUUCACGCCCGCCAAGAACCGUUUCGACUAUACCAUGGAUCGACUAACAGCACGCGGCACUCAAAUCGCCGCGUCGACAACACCGUCGACACGAGCAGACUAAACAAUGUCCUCGAGGUGAACCAGGACUCCAAAACCGUCAUUGUCGAACCAAAUGUCUCCAUGGAAUCUCUGGUCGAUGCGACCCUGCCCCAUGGCCUUGUUCCUCUUGUUGUUAUGGAGUUCCCGGCUAUUACCGUUGGAGGUGGCUUUUCGGGGACUUCGGGAGAGAGUAGCUCUUUUCGCUACGGCGCCUUUGAUGCUACUGUUAAUUGGAUCGAGAUUGUUCUCGCCGAUGGAACCGUUACGCGGGCAUCGAAAGAGGAUCAGCAGGAUUUGUUCUGGGGCGCUGCCUCGGCUUUCGGAACUCUCGGCGUUGUUACUCUGUUGGAGGUGCAACUCAAGGACGCAAAGGAGUUUGUUGAACUAAAGUACAGACUCGCGAGGGGUCCUUCAGAGUCGGUGAAAAUCAUCAAGGAGGAGUGCAGGAGAUGGGACAAUGACUUUGUGGAUGGCAUCGUUUACUCCAAAGACACAACCGUGGUAUGCGCCGGGCGACUUGUGGAUGAGGUUCCAAUAAGCGCAACAACAAGACAGUUGAAUCGAAGGAAAGACAAGUGGUUUUAUCUACAUGUCGAGAAAGUACGAGACGGGUUACGGAUGGGCUCAGUUACGUGCGUUGCCGAUUACAUCCCGUUAAAAGACUAUCUUUUCCGCUACGACAGAGGCGGAUUCUGGGUUGCAAAAUAUGCCUUUGACUAUUUCGUUACGCCCUUCAACCGCGUCACACGAUAUAUCCUGGACCCCCUUCUACGAGCACGCGUCAUGUACUCAGCAGGCCACAAGAGCAACCUGUUUGACUACUACAUGGUGCAAGACGUUGGUGUGCCUUAUAGCAGCGUACCCGAGUUCCAGAACUGGCUGGACAAGCAGUUUAAGAUCUACCCCCUCUGGAUUUGCCCGCUACGCGUGCGGCGCGAAGAGCCAAACUCAGGGCAUGGUUUGCAUGCCGAGUUUGCAAAGUCUGGUACGGCGGAUUUGCUCAAUUUCGGUGUUUGGGGCCCUUUGCAAGGAAAUCGACGAGAUGCCAUUCAACAUAACCGUGCCUUGGAACAAAAGGUGCAAGACUGCGGAGGAAAGAAGUGGCUCUAUGCGCAUGCGUACUACACAGAGGAUGAGUUCUGGUCGCAUUACAACAGAGAGUCUUAUGAUGCGCUGAGAGCAAAGUACGGAGCAUCGUAUUUGCCGAGUGUAUAUGAUAAAGUGAAAGUGGACAUUGAGGGCGACGAAAAGCUGAUGAAGUCGACCGCAAAGACCGGAUGGCCGAUUAAAGGCCUGAAAGGAGUUUAUAAAGCCUUGUUUGGAGGGGAUUAUCUGUUGCAGAAGAAAAGCAACGAAACGUCUGAGCAGAAGUAA